AUGAAGUUUUUAUUUGCGUUGCUUUCGUUUUGUUUACUUGGUUUUUCGAUUGCACAGGCUAUCAAUGCCGACUGGGUAGACCAGGUGUUGAAGCGUGGCACACUCGAUACAGAAGAAAAUGAGUUUUGGGGCCCGGCUUUGGAAAAGAGAGCCACCCCGCAGCCAAGUCAAGAGACUUUUGAAGAAAUCGACCGUUACUUGAAGCAGUUGCUUGCCUACGCCACGGGCAACUACUCCGACGUUUCCAAGAGAUUCGACCAGGCCACUUAUCCUUUGCUCUUGGCUGCUUUCAAAGGUUUGAAUGAGACGGGUACUGGUGUCAGCAUCGUCCACGGAAUCGUGACAAACUCGGCUACUCAGGGCACAGCCAUCACCGCUAUUGAGCAGUACAUCAAGCAAAACACUUUGGCCACUCUUUUGACUGCCGCAGAUAACUCUAAUCUCGCGGUUGCCAUAGUGAUGAGGUUCUUUGUCAACAAUGCUUGGACUCCAGGUUUGUGGAACAUCGUCGUUGGCUUGUACAACAAUGGGGUGCUUUUCAAGAGAUUGUUGGGCGAUAUCAUUGGCGGUGUUGUUGGCGGCGUUGGCAAUAUUAUUGGCGGUAUUGUAGGUGGUGUCCAGCAGAGUAUCUGGAGCACCCUUUUGAAUUUGCUCAACAUUGUGGCCGACGUGGAAACCGUUUGCAAAGCCUUGGAAGUGCUGGGUUUCGGAGUUAGUGUUGUCGAAGAUAUAGUCACCACUUCCGACGGUCAAGGAUUUGCCAUCAAGGCAGCCUCGAGUGUCAUCAAGGAUGGCAUCAUCACCCUCGACUCGUUAUUUUCCGCUUUGAACAAGACCAGUUUCUUGCAAAACACAUUCACCAAGAUUAUUUCCAACUCGACCUACAGACAAAUCAUCUUUGUAUGGGCCGUCAACUUUUUAGUUUCCAUGAUCAGAUACAUUUUUUAG